GCAUUUGGUGUAUUACACUUGAAUUUAUAUACUGUAUAAACAUCGCUGAUGUUUUUACCUCUGGUGAGUAAGGCUGUUGUCCUGAAAACUGGUCUUUGUGUCAACUUGUCCACACCUUUGUUAGGGCAGACUAUGUAUAAAAUAUAUAUAUAUAUAUAUCCUCACCUCUCUGCCUGUUUGCCUAGUGAGUUUUUAUUUUAUUUGCGAUCAUAUACGAUCUGUUUCCAUAAUUGAGAGAAAAAGAAACAGUUCUUUAAAAUGAUGACCCUCGCUUCUGCGUGACACUGUGGAAAAUUGUCGUUUGCUGUGGUGUAAAAAUGCGCAGGAGCAUACGGAAAGGUUUCUAAUAUGUUGCUUUCCUCACUGAGCUACAUGAAGGGGGCUAAAGAGCUAAAAGGCUUGGCAAGCAUUUCUAGCAAACACCAGGCGAGGGGUGACCAAAGUUUUCCCACCAAGGAACGGGGGUCCUGCCAUAUUACAACAACAAAAAAGUUAAAUUUAACAUGAAUAUUAUAAUGAAUAGAAUAUUUAUUUUUAAAUUAGUGUAUUAAUUGUAAUUUCUUAUUUGUAUUAUAUAUUUUUAAAUGAACUAUUUGUAUUUGUUUUAGGUAAUUCAUUUUCAUUAUUAUUUGACGUUAAUUUUUUUUUUUUUGCUUUUUUGUCCCACUGUAAUUUAUGUAUAUUAUGUUUCUGUUUACUGUAUAUUUAAAGACAAAUCAGGUCAGCUUUGUGUUAGGUUACAACGUGUAUUAUUAUCAUUAGCGUUAUUAGACUUAACUUUUUCUCAUUACAUUACGCUUUUUUAGUCUUUUUUCCACCUUUAAUGUUAUUUUAUGAUGGUAUUUUUAAAAUAAUAUUUUCCAUUGUAAAAAUGUGCCAAACUGUAACGAGUAAUGGAGCUGAAGUGUAAAAAUGUGCACUUACCUGUCAUUCCCGCUAGAGGGGAGUACAAUUCCACUUUUAUACCGAGUAAGCUUCACGUGCCGCUUAAAGGUUGUGUAUUUUUCAGUAUUCAUGACUGGUGUAACGCAUAAGUCCACCUUUCGCCUCAGUUCAACUCGGAUAGGCGACCCUUAACAGGACAAGUUGGUAAUAAAGUAGAUGGACGGAUGGUUGUGUACGUAUUUGCAGUUGACUUGUGAGUAGGCUGAGCGAGUGAUGCAAGUUCAGGACUGCGACACCGACACUUAAACGCAGCACGCUCGGAGAAAGGAGGCUGGAACGAAAAUGGCGAGGGCGAGUCACCGCAAGCCAAGACACACGGUCAGCUGUUGAAAGGGACCGUCCUCAGCCUAGGAGACGUCAUUUAUCGUACUUUUCACCCAUUCUCAAUUGGAUUCAACCUCCGGCGUGGAGACGUACUUCUGUGGACGUAAAGAAGAAAAAGUCUGGUGAGUAGUGACGUCAAACGGCAUUGGGCUAUUUUGUACUUUUCUUACCGCCACAACGAUGUAAAAGUGUACCAGUGAACCUAAAUGUUGCAUUAGUCAUGUGCGGAGAUUGCAGAUUUUAGGCUGGACGUUAAUUCACAUGUUGUGGUGAGUUUUUAUGUUACUCAGCAAUGCUGCUUUACUGUCUUCUCAUAGGUGGGUCAUUGCAUGUUGCUAUGGUUACACAGGUACCACUUGUUAACAGCAGGUUGCACGUUACCACACAAACCAUCUUUUUUAAAACAUGUAAACACCUUAAUCGUUUUUUGGGGGGGGGGUGCCAUUGCAGGACCCUUCUGUUUAGUCUGAUGGACACCUCUGAGGGUGGUCUGCCAUGGAAGGCAGACGUUCCACAAAUGAGACCUAGAAAACCCCUGAGACAGACUACAGAAGACAUUGCGGGUGGCAAGGGAGCCAAAGAAUGGGCGACCCUUAACAGAAAUGUUACAAUGGCGCCCACUUCCAGGUGUCUGACUGACAGGCGGUAUGUGAUCAGAAAGCCUCUGUUCUCCGUCCAACAGCCAUCCAUUUUAAAGAAGACACAUCAAAUUAAGCAUCCAGAGAAGGAAAAAUAUAUAAGUGACAACAUGACAGACGAAGGUGAGCAAUCCACCAAGAUGAUCUUUCCGACACAGCUCGGACAGGACCCAGUGAGCUUCAGCUUCUGUCCCAGUGAUGCCUCACCUAAUUCGGCCUCUAACGCAGGGUGCUGCUCACCGCUGCUUAUCUCAGACCUCAGUGGCUGCGUAGAACAUGAAGACCCUUCUGCUGGACCUGCUUUUCCCAGAAGACCAAUUGAGUGCAGGCUCUCCAGCUCCAUCUUGGAGAUCCAGAAAAUAGAGCGUCCUGUGAGGCUGCAACUGACAUCCACUGUUCUCAACCCUCCUCAUACACCACGCUCCACGUCUUACUCCAAAAGACGCCAAACGGAGUCUAACAGACGUUCUUUAAGUAGACAAGCUAUGUCAUCUUAUGAAGCAAACUAUUGGGACUGUGCCAUCCCCAAGUCGUUGCACCCAACCCCAAAUAGGCAGACUGCAGCCUGGGAUCCAAACAGGGAGUACCAAGCCCUGCUGGACUACACCUACCCUCUGAGACCUGGACCGGUGGACAAUGAGUUGGAUAGCUUUGACCUCCAGGGAGACUCUUUUCAACAACAAGAUCCAACCUUGCAGGAUUCUGGUGUUGAACUGGAUAGCCUUUGUAGGUCCACCAGCCUGUCUGGAUUGGACUUAAGCCAGAGCAGCAACAGAUGGACCAAAGUGUGGGAGAUGCAGAGUGGCGAUCAGACAAUCAGUUCCUCAGGUCAGCACUCCAGAACAUACUCCGGUGAGGUGUCUUAUGACACUUUCGGGACAGGCAAAGAUGGAGUCAGCUGUCAUCAGAAUGGAGGUCAGCUUCAGUGUUCACAGCCCUCCUCCUCCAUUGCUUUUAUCCGUACAACGAGUGUUCUUCCUCAGUCCAGAUGUGUCGAUGAAGACUUAGACAAGGAGUUCUUGUCUCUGCCAGACCACCUAGAGGAGCUGCAGUUCCUCUCCAGAAAGGUAAAAGAGGUCACAGCCGUCCUCGACACAACAAGAACGCCUGAGACGAAACAGGCUAAAGAGGUUGAGGAAAGCAAUCAAGACGAUGGAAAAGAGAAUAUGAACGUCGACGUGACCGAAUCAGUGAGAGGAAGUUCCAGGUCAUGGAUGGAGACGGUUGGAGGAGUGACUCACGGCAAUAUCCAGGAAGUGGAGGCCUUGGUGGAGCAACUGUGUGGCUUCAGUCUGAGAGACACCGAGAGAACCAUGCCGGUGGACCAGGACCAGGACCAGGAUUCUUCUCUGGUACAACAUAUCCAUGUGUUUAGCUCGCUCCUGCAGCGACACAUCCGCUGGCUCCACGUGCUUUCCGACAAGACGGACGUGUCGGCUGCACCUGCUGACGGCGUUUCGAGGUCGCUUGCUGAAUACCAGAAGUUUCAGCGAGAGGUGAGCGGCCAUCAGCCCCUGAUCUCUCGUGUUCUGCACACGGGGGAGCAGCUCCUCAGCUACAUGGACGCCACCUCCCCAGUGUUGGCAAACACCUUGAUGUUAAUUGAGAGGCGGUCAGGAGCCCUGAAGAACCACACUCGACGCUUUUUAUCCUCCGUCCAAUCUGCCGUGGACAACCUGACUCAACCCACACAGCCAGUCUAGCAGGACACCAUGGAGACCGAGAUGGAGCAUCCACUCAGUCAAUGUCCCUUAUUGUCCUUUUUAAAAACACAUUCUACAUCCCAGACAACCUACUUUAGGGAUGGAACCGUAUGAUGCUGGAUUUACUCACGAACCCUGAUUUUAUUGGUUUUGAUCCAUUUUUGCUGGGGUGGGCGAUAUGGCAAAAGUUGCUAUCGAUCUGUUACCAAGUAAAUACAGAGCCACCAUUGUUAAAACAGAUACUUUUUACUUGAAAUUUUUCGAGGUCCUUGAAUGACUGUCCUUUUUUGGUCGAUCAUGAUGAUGAAGCGGUAUAGAAAAUGGACGGAUGGAUGAUUAUCAUCAGAAUAAAACACAGGACAAACAUUUUCAGCAAACUAAUAAAUAAUUGUAUUAGACAAAUAGUCCAGCUACAGUACAUCCCUCGAUACUCGCAGUGACCACUCGCAAAUAAUGAAAAAAAACGCGAGCGAUUGAGGCGUCUAUAAAAAUGUCUAUUUUUUACACUCUAAUAAAGCCUGGAUUAUGCUGCUGCAUCGAUGCGCCACCCUACACUACGCUGGCUCCCUCCUCCCCCUCCAAACCCUCCUGCUGGCUUGACAUUGACAUUUUCCUCCGAUUUUGGCUCAACAUUUGCAAUAAAGGUGACUGUUGUGGAGCUGCCUCCAUCUCCGCUUGUACAUUUUCUGCUGUACUAUCACAUACUGUAUUUAUACAUUGUUACUGACUUGGGGCGAAUAAGAUGUGUUAUCGGCGAAUAAACUGCCUAUUUUUGGAGAGGGGGAAAAAAAGCACAAAUGGGCAGAUUUUCAAACAAUUUUCUAAAAAAUUUUAACUUUUUUUUUUUUUUUUUACAGAAAAUCUGUGAAUUUGUGGGGUUUACUUGAUUAAAAAUACAAGAACACGGUUGGACUCACGCAGUGUAUUGAUAACACAACAAGACAGCCAAUACACGCAAACCAGGGCCAAAUUUUGGCGUAGAUUUUCAACGUUAAACGAAAAACACGCUCACCAAGCGUCCACUGUGUUCAAAUUUGAACAGUAUUGUGAUCAUAUUGGCGGAAGUGCUCUUACUUUUCUUACUUCUUCCUUUCCAGAUGAACAAAUGAUGACUGUUUGUUAUUUCACCUUCUUUGUAUGAAUGCUUUCAAACCUUCUACAGUUCUGGCGACGCCCACAUCGUCAUAAGAGGUUGUCGACGUAACCGGAACCAUCCAACGCUUGCACAUUUACUCGCGACUUUGUCCAGAGACAUAAGGACAAUGGCUGAUAAUAAAGCAUUUUUGUUUGCGGACAUGGUUUUCCUCCGUUUGUGCAUAUUUUUAUUAAGAUUCUUGUGUUUUCAUGUGAUAUUUUAUACGCUGCUGUGCUAAUUUGCUUUUAUGUCUCGACUGCAAUGACAAAGUUUCCAUGCAUGAGCGGUGACGUGCUGUCAGGGGAGACUGGUGAGACACAGCAUAACAUAAAUGUUAACAUUGGUCCAUUGAAGUGUAUUUUAAAUAUGAUCUCAAUCUUUUUGAACAUUUUAUUAAGUCAAAAUGGCUGAAUUAGCACAUAUCCUGAUCACAUACAGGAAAGAAACCUAAUAUGAGGCUGCCGCCAGCGUCUACUCUCAGCUUAGUUUAGUGCACAAGCCCUGCCUACCGCUUGCGGGUUGGUGUUUGUCCGCAUGUGGCCAAUAAUAUAACGUUACAGAAACAUUUAUUAUGCACCAUGACUUUCUACAGCCUGUGUAAUGUCUUUAAUGAAAGUGUGACAUCAUUAUUCCUGCUAAUCCCACAAUAAAAUACAAUAUAAGGCACUUGCAGUACUCUCCUCAUCCUGGAGGG